AUGGAGAUCACGGAUUUGUUCUUUUCCCGACGGGAGCAAGCCCUCCUGGUUGGGGAUUACAACAGCUAUCGUGCGCAGACCUCGCGGAGAUUGCAUACGGUCCGCAAGAAGCUCGGGCAGACCACCCCCAAAGGUCGCAAAUACACAGCCAAACCUCCUGUGACGGCGGAAAAUGUGGGAUCAAAUGUCGCCUACGCCCAUCUCUUAAUCCUCAGCUCCGAGCGAGCAUGGGCCCAAGCGAUGCAGAUGAGAGCAGUUCAUUCUGCGGACCCCUCAGCGAAAGGAAUCGUUGGCGCUACUAAACGACAUAUCAUUUCCCGACUAAAUAAAGCGACCAGCUAUGCGAAGCAACUUGUUUUGAUCUUGCAGGACCAAACAGCUUCCCACGCAACUAACGUCGAUCUUCUCGAGGCGCGCGCCUACCUUGCCUUGCUGUGUGGGGCAUUGUACAUGGAGAAGCAGAGAUGGGAAGAGUGUCUCCAGAACUACAGCGUUGCGAGGAUCAUUUAUACCGUUCUUGGCCGGAAGGAGAAGAAGGAUGCCUUUCGAGAUCUCAUCUCGGGCACCAUUGACCCCGGUCUUCGUUAUGCUGCCUAUCAGCUGAAGCUUCCACGCACCAAGCCCCUCCCAUCUUUAGCCAUCCAAUUUUUCCCGUCCGAUGCGAAGAUCCGAUCUGAGGUCGAGAGCGUUGAUCCCACCUGUCUGACAGAAGAUCUUGCGGGAACCACAAAGGCGGUCGAUGGAGAAGUGCAACGACUACCCGACAGUAUCACAUGGCGGUCACGUUCGGUUCCCCUUGAGGAUGCUUCGAUAGCACAAGCGCUUGCUGCUGCCUCUGCGGCAGAGUCCCAGCUUUCGUCGUGGUUGGCAGACGAUGCUGGGAAAUCUGCGUCGCCGAAGGACAAGGCGGCUGCGUAUGAUAGUGUCAUCCAGGCCAGUCAGGACGCUGUGGAUGCUACUAAGACCGCCCUCGACGAGCUCGCUAGUGAAGGGGUUGAUAGAGGGGAUCGGAGAAUGCAAGCGCUUCAGGUGACCCGGACGGCUGUUAAUUACGCCCUCGUUGGGUGGAGAGUUGGCCGGAAUAGGGUUCUGUGUGGGGAGCAGGACGGUCUUCUCUUUGAAUCAGAGCAGACCAAGGCUCCUCGCGGCCGACGUCAAGCAUCCCGGAAAGAAGGUACUGGGAAGAAGCUGGCAAGGCUCCGCGAAAGGGUAGCUCUAUAUGACUCGACGCUACAAAGCCUGGAUUUUGUGCAAGAAUUGCCUGGUGUAGCAGGUGAUUCCGAAUUCGUUCAGGAAUUAGAAGCGAAACGCAACUACUUCCGGGCGCUGCGGUGUCUUUCCAUCGGGCGCUCGCACUCUUUCCUCGGGAGGUCCAAAAAUGCCCUUGCUCUGUUUGCCCGAGCGCUUGAUCUAGCUUCAGCAGCACAGGCAGUCCUUCAGACCGCUUCCGGAGCCGAUGGACCUCCAAGGUUGGAUGUUUCGUCCCAGCAAGUCCAGGCCUUGGGUUCCACCUUGCGGGGGUUGGUGGCGCAGUACCGCGGACUGGUUACUCUCGAGAGGCUCUCUGAGACGGAGAAGGAUUCAGAAACCUUCCAGCCGCCUCUGAUCGAGCGCCUGGAUGAGUACGUGGGCGACGGCUUGGAUCUCAGCAAUCUGGUUCCCUUCCCGCCCAAGAUGCAGCCGAUUCCAGUCAAGCCGCUCUUCUUGGAUGUCGCAUGGAACUACAUUGAUUACCCGCGCGAAGCAAAGCAGAAGACUGAGCCAGAGAGCAAGCCUGCUGAGGAGAAGAAGGAGGGGCGGCGUGGCUGGUUUGGAUUUGGUCGCUGA